AUGGAUGUUUUAGAUGAGUUCAUUAGUGCUGACUAAUCCGACAUCGGUCAAAGUAGUGGCUUUAACACCAAUAUCCCUUAGUACAACCCAGAUCUCAAUACUGAUCCAUUUGGCAAUUCAGGCAUUCAAUUCUCUACUAAUAACAUUGGUGGCGGAUUCAAUAAUGGUUUCUAGCCAGUUGGGGGUUUCCAGCCUACUUUCAAUGCUGGAUUUAACUAAGGAGACGAUGAUGAUCUAGACGACGAGGAACGUGAACGUGUAAUGCAAGUGUAAUUGGAUAAUGAGGAGCGCAAGAGACAACUCUAUGAAAAAUAAUAAAAUGAGGAAGAUGAUAAAAAGCAAAGAAAGAUUAGUGGUAGAUAAGAACUAGAUAAGUGGAAUGAUCAGAGAAAGAAGGAGAUUCAGCAAAGAACUUCCCAAAAUAAGGAGUAGGAAAAGUUAUAUCACGAGAAUGUGAAAGCAUAGAGAAAUGGACCAAAUCCUUGGGAAAGAGUGAUUAGCAAUUGCGACAUGAAUAGUAGUUCAUAUGUUGGUGGUGCAGAUGUAAGCAGAAUGAGAUAAGCUAUGAUAAAUAGAAAGGCAGAUCUAACCAAAUCUGGAGGUCAAACCGCAAAGGGGUUGUUAUGA